AUGAAUAAUAAUAAUAAUAAUAAUAAUAAUAGUGCAGUAGUAGUAGAAACAUGUUAUUUAAUUUAUAAAUUACCAAAUACAGUAUUAUUGAAUAUAGUCAACAAUGUAACAGAUAAUGUAGAUCUGAUAUGUUUAUUGUUGACUUGUAAAAAGUUGUAUCUUCACAUUAGACAACAUUAUAGUGCAUCGUUACAAUUCAACAAACCUCUAGAGUACAUCACAUCGUUUGGAGAUCAUUAUGAUGACCACUUUAUCAAUACUCUAAAGCAAUUUAGUCUAGUAUCUUUUAGAUCGCUCUUUGACAACUCGUUAUCAAAUCAAAUUGUAAUAUCUAAAGAUGAUGGUGAUUCACCUGUCUCUAUCAAUAACCAUCGCAUCAAAGAAACAACUAGUAGUAGUAGUAGUCGUAUCAAUGAUCAUCAACGACGUGAAACAAGUAUACUUGUAAAAGACAUGUCAAAGAUUGGUGGAGAAUCUCUUUUUGUCAUUCCUCCCAAUACAACAUCAAUCUAUUUAAUGGAACCAAUCAAAUCACCAACAUCGCUACCAUUCUUAUCUCAUCUUUAUCAUUCGACCGAUAUUAAAAAGAUGACUGUGGGACGUUAUAGAUCUACUGAAGAACUUUUCAAGUUGCCAGAGAGUCUUCAAAGCUUGCACUUGACAUUUAACCGUCCAAGUUGUUUAAAAAGAGGGGAUGUAUUUCCUCGACACCUCGAAACACUUGAACUCAAUGAAGGUACCAUUGACCUUUCAGACAUUCGUCUAGACAAACUUCAAUCACUCAAAGAUUUGGUGUUGUUCCCAGUUAUUCAUACAUUGCCCGGUUUCCUUCCGGUUUCAUUGACAAGUCUUUCCAUUGAGUUUACUAAAGAACCACCAUCCAACAUUUUCCAAUCAUUGGUUUCACUGUCUAAACUCACUCUGUACGUUACUCUUGAUGACGCUCUACGCCAACACAGUUAUGCAAUAGAUCUCACCAACCUUGGCUCACUAAAGUCGUUCCACUUCUACCCAGGCGAGUCGGUCGCUAAUAGUUCCAUUUUAAGGCUUCCUCUAUCGUCGUCUCUUGAAACCUUGAUCAUUUUCAACCAAUGUACAUUGACCAACCUCUCUACACUAUUCUUCCCAACAACACUUACUAGUCUUGAUAUAUCGGUCAAGUUGAUGUUGGACAUGGAGAGAGUAUGUUUACCAACAACACUCAAGAAACUAACUCUUGCAAAGUGUAAUGUAACCAUACCUGUAGGAUUCAUUCCUGCCAAUGUCAACACCCUCACCAUCAAAUCAGAUGAAGAUGUUGGUUUGUUGGAAGGGUCAAUACCUAGUUUGGUUGAAAGAUUAACAUUGUUUGGAUACAAUGGGCCAAUUAACUCUAGAUAUCUUCCCAAUUCAAUUAAAUUCUUGUCUUGGAAUAGAAUAAAGGAUGAUCAUUGGUUGCCAGAAAGAUUGGAUAAAUUAGCCUGGAUGGAUUUUGAUUCUACUAGACCUCAAAUUAUUUCAUCGUAUCCUUCAACUAUUCGUUCCCUCGAUUAUUCAAAUUUAUUUGGAGAAUUUCAAAUCAUAGUUCCUCCAUCUCUAAAUAGUCUUUAUUGUUCCCUCAGAUCAACUUUAUCAAUUGACAAUGUACCAAUUUAUUCAUUGACAAGAUCAAAUUUAAAAAUGCCAAAAAAUGACAUUGACUAUGACUAUGACUAUGACAACUACAAUGGACAAACCUUUUUACUACCAAGUAAUUUAAAGAAAUUAAAGAUUAAACUAUUCCAUCCCAGUCGAGAUGAAACACUAAGUUUUCGAUUGGAUGAUAUCAUUAACCAAACAAAUAUAGAUCAACUCUCAAUUUAUAUUCAUGGUAGAUUAUUAUUCAAAACAACAAUUAAAAGACUAGAUCAUCAAUCAGUAAUGUUGGUAAACUCUAAAACAUUAUUUGGUGGUAUUAUUAAUCAAAAACAAAAAAUAGAAAUUAAUAAUAAUAAUCAAAAUAAUAAUAAUAAUAAUAAUAAUAAUAAUUAUUUACCAUUUUAUCUUCAUUCUCUAAAAGGAAAAGUACCAUUUUGGAGUUAUGAAAAUAUUAAAAAAAAUUAA